AUGAAUGAGGUGUCUGUCAUCAAAGAAGGCUGGCUCCACAAGCGUGGUGAAUACAUCAAGACCUGGAGGCCCCGGUACUUCCUGCUGAAGAGUGACGGCUCCUUCAUUGGAUACAAGGAGCGGCCUGAUGCCCCAGACCAGACCCUGCCCCCGCUAAACAACUUCUCUGUCGCAGAGUGCCAGCUGAUGAAGACUGAGAGACCACGGCCCAACACCUUCGUCAUACGCUGCCUACAGUGGACCACUGUCAUCGAGAGGACCUUCCACGUAGACUCUCCAGACGAGAGGGAGGAGUGGAUGCGGGCCAUUCAGAUGGUCGCCAACAGCCUUAAGCAGCGGGGCCCAGGUGAGGACCCCAUGGACUAUAAGUGUGGCUCCCCCAGUGACCCUUCUGCGGCCGAGGAGAUGGAAGUGGCAGUUAGCAAGGCUCGGGCCAAGGUGACCAUGAAUGACUUCGACUAUCUCAAACUUCUGGGCAAGGGCACCUUUGGCAAAGUGAUUCUGGUGCGGGAGAAAGCCAGCGGCCGCUACUACGCCAUGAAGAUCCUGCGGAAGGAAGUUAUCAUUGCCAAGGAUGAAGUUGCCCACACGGUCACCGAGAGCCGGGUCCUCCAGAACACCAGGCACCCAUUCCUCACUGCACUGAAGUAUGCCUUCCAGACCCACGACCGCCUGUGCUUCGUGAUGGAAUACGCCAACGGUGGUGAGCUGUUUUUCCACCUGUCCCGGGAACGAGUCUUCACGGAGGAGCGAGCCCGCUUCUAUGGUGCAGAGAUCGUCUCUGCCCUUGAGUAUUUGCAUUCGCGGGACGUGGUGUACCGCGACAUCAAGCUGGAAAACCUCAUGCUGGACAAAGAUGGCCACAUCAAGAUCACUGACUUCGGACUGUGCAAAGAGGGCAUCAGUGACGGGGCUACCAUGAAAACCUUCUGUGGGACACCCGAGUACCUGGCACCCGAGGUGCUGGAGGACAACGACUACGGCCGCGCGGUGGACUGGUGGGGGCUGGGCGUGGUCAUGUACGAGAUGAUGUGCGGCCGCCUGCCCUUCUACAACCAGGACCACGAGCGCCUCUUCGAGCUCAUCCUCAUGGAGGAGAUCCGUUUCCCACGCACACUGAGCCCUGAGGCCAAGUCCCUGCUUGCUGGGCUGCUUAAGAAGGACCCCAAGCAGAGGCUCGGCGGGGGGCCCAGCGAUGCCAGGGAGGUCAUGGAGCACAGGUUCUUCCUCAGCGUCAACUGGCAGGACGUGGUGCAGAAGAAGCUCCUGCCACCCUUCAAACCUCAGGUCACCUCUGAGGUUGACACAAGGUACUUUGACGAUGAGUUCACCGCCCAGUCCAUUACAAUCACACCCCCGGACCGCUAUGAGGCAGUAAGUGCUCACGAGAGAACAAGUGUGAAGAACGGAGAUAGGAAAUUCUCAGGAUGGCGUUUUUCACAGAGGAGUCUCUUAAUGGCGGCUGGGAGAUACGAGGCGAAUUCUGGACCUCUCCGCCAGGGGGCACUGGCGGCCUUCCGCAAGCGCGGCUCCGCGACCUAA